UUUCUUACUUAUAAAUGACAAGAAGAUGAUGUUUUACAAAGCUUUGCAAGUGUUUUUCCAUUUUUUUACAAUUUUAUUAUGUGUAUCUGGUGAAACGUUAGUAAAAAAAAAUGAAAAACGCACUAAUUUCAGAAACAAUUAUCAAAUGUGCCUCGACAGUUUUAAAAUUCACGAAGAUAAAAUUAUUCGAACACAGGAAUCCCGAGAUAUGGGUGCUAAAUUUUUAAAAGAAUACGACGUUGAUUCUAGAGAAGACUGUUUAAAGUUUUGCUGUGAUACUGAAAGUUGUGAUGUAUUUAUUUUUGAAGAAAAGAAAUCAGGAAGUUGUUAUCUUUUUCAAUGUGGUCCAUUACAUGACUUUAAAUGUAAAUUUACCAAUCAUGCUAAUUAUAGUAGUGCAGUACGCAAUUAUAAUUCACAAUUGGAAAAAGAACAAGAACAUGAAUUACAAUCUCUUAGAAAAUUAUCAGAUCCAGCACCACCAGAAUAUUUCUUCACAGAACCAUCUAUGAAAUUAAUUACAACUUUAACACCAAAAUCAUCAUUGACAACAUCUCUACCUAUUAAGCAAGUUUGUAGUAGGAAUCAAUAUGAGUGUCGUUCAUCUGGAGAUUGUAUAGCAGUAUAUAAUGUAUGUGAUGGUAUACCACAAUGUGCAGAUGGAUCUGAUGAAGCAGCAGAUCUAGUAUGUCCCACAGAAAAGCCAACAAUCUUGCCUUCUAUAAUUCAAGGACCUCAAUCACCUUCACCAUUAUUACCUGUUGAUAUAAUAAAAUAUCAACAAAUGAUUGAUCAACAUAAAUCCCUCCCUCCUAUGUAUGCUCGCAUUCCAGAAGUUAAUUGGAAAUUGCCUAAUUUAUCUCAUAGAAUGAUUCCACAACAGCCUCUUUUAUAUUCAGUUCAACGAAUGGAAGUACCUCAAAUACAUAAAGGUUUUGCUGCACCAGGAUAUGCAUGGGAUUAUCAAUCUAUGUAUGAUCAAAACAAAGACAUUUAUAAUUCGUUUCAUGAACAAGGAAAUUCAAAUCCUUAUGAACAAGAUCAAUCGCAUAUAUUUAAUCAUAAAGGAUCGGGUAUAAUAGGGGAAAAAGAAAUAGACAGUGGCAUCUAUUCAGAUAUAAAACAUCCAUAUAUAUCACAUUUUCCAUCCUCGAAUAGAGGCAGAUGGCAAAAUAAUCAAGUUUAUCCAUCUUCAUCUUCAAUAUCAAGUGUGCAACAGAAGCAAAUAUUUGAAAUAGAAAAAAGUGUUAUUAUUACAACAACACCUCCUUGUGAUACAUCACAUGAACAAAAAGAUGUUUCAAAAAAUAAAGAUAAUAACAAAAUUUAUCAACAAGAAGAUAAACAUGUACUACAUGAAAAAGAAAUUAAUCAAAAUAAUAAACAAAAUACAUUAAAAGAUGAAACGCCAAAAUUUAAUCAUAUUCAACCAAAAGAGCCAAAAGAACAUAAAAAUAUAAUGGUUAUAAAAGAUCAUAUUAAAGAACAUGGGAAAAAUACCUUAAUAGCAGAAUAUUUAAAAGCAAAUGAAAAUGAAGUUCUAAAACCUAGGGGAGCAGUUAUAUCUUUGGCUUUAGGACUUACAAUAAUAGCUAUUACAGCUACGUUAAUUGCUUGUCGAUUGCGAGUUGUUCGAAGACGUGGAAGACGACAUGGACCAUAUGCCUAUGAUGCGGAUUAUUUAGUAAAUGGAAUGUAUCUUUAAGUGAGUAUGAAUUUUUUUAGACGAAGAAGUUUAGUGAUAUUUUUAUAUUGUUUUAAAUAAUUAUAUAAUAAAACACGUUUUAUUUUAACACUUUGAUUUUUAAACAAAUUGAAAAUAUUUGUUUGUAC